UACUCGUAGCUCUCUCUUUGCAUUCAUACCAUUCCAACCAAAACACACACACACGCAUAUGGCCAUAUAUAGCUCGCACGUAUAUAAACGUCAAAAAGGGUGGCUCUUUUCGUAGUUCGAGCACCAAUCUCCUAGCUAUAGCUAGAGCUUUUGCUUUCUUGCUUGCAAGCUACAGACUCCGGGAAAGAUCAAAGAACCUUUCCUUUUGGUGUGUGUGUGUCUCCGAGCUUCAUCUUGCUUUCGGUGUCUUGGGGAGAGAGAUCGAGAUGGACAUGAACAGUGGUUGGCUUGGCUUCUCCUUGUCUUCUUCCUCGGCGAGGGGUUAUGGAGACGGCUGUGGUGAGGGAAAUGGAGGUGGAGAUGGAGAUGGCUCGUGCUCGUCGCCUGUUGCAGCUUCACCUCUCGUGGCUAUGCCGUUGCACUCUGAUGGAUCUGUGCACUAUGAUGCUCCAGAUUGGAGGCAUGCAGAGGCCAAAGACCCCAAGCUUGAGGACUUCAUGAGCGUCAGCUACAGCAACAAAAGCAGCAGCAACCUGUACGGCAGCAGCAGCAGCAGCAGCUGCGGCCACGCCGACCAGAUCAAAUACCAUCAUGUCCAUGACGUCCAAGCUUUCUCGACGCCGUACUUCUACGGCCAUGGCGGCAGCGGCGUUGGCAUCGACAUCAACAUGAAUGCGCCACCGGCAGGCUGCACAGGCGUCCUGCCGGACCACCGACCACCUCCGCCGCAGCAAGACCAUAUCUUCCUGCCUCCCCAUGGCCAGUACUUCCUGGGCCCACCGAACCCAAUGGCGCCGGCGCCGAUGUACAACGCCGGCGGCGGCGGCGGCGGCGUCGUCGACGGAUCCAUGUCGAUCUCCGGCAUCAAGUCGUGGCUCCGGCAGGCAAUGUACGUGCCGGAACGGUCAGCGGCGGCGCUGUCGCUCUCCGUGCCGGCCGCUCCCCCGAGCGAGGCGCCGCUGCCGCCGGCGGCGAUGCCGGUGGUCCGCAAGCCCGCUCAGACGUUCGGGCAGAGGACGUCACAGUUCCGUGGCGUCACCAGACAUAGAUGGACUGGAAGAUACGAGGCUCACUUGUGGGACAACACUUGCAGGAAGGAAGGCCAGACCAGGAAAGGAAGGCAAGUUUACUUAGGUGGCUAUGACAAGGAGGAGAAGGCUGCAAGGGCUUAUGAUUUGGCAGCACUCAAGUACUGGGGUCCAACAACUCACAUAAAUUUUCCAUUGAGCACUUAUGAGAAGGAGCUGGAGGAGAUGAAGCACAUGACAAGGCAGGAGUUCAUUGCCCACUUAAGAAGGAACAGCAGUGGCUUCUCGAGGGGAGCAUCCAUGUACAGAGGGGUGACGAGGCAUCACCAGCACGGGAGAUGGCAGGCAAGGAUUGGAAGGGUCGCAGGGAACAAGGACCUGUAUCUCGGCACCUUCAGCACGCAGGAGGAAGCGGCGGAGGCGUACGACAUAGCGGCGAUCAAGUUCCGCGGCCUGAACGCCGUGACCAACUUCGACAUCAGCAAGUACGACGUGAAGCGCAUCUGCUCCAGCACCCACCUCAUCGGCGGCGACCUCGCGUGCCGCCGCUCCCCGACGCGCAUGCUACCACCGGACGCUCCGGCCGGCGCCGCCGGCGUCGACGUCGUCGUGGCGCCGGGCGACCACCAGCAGAUCAGCGCCGGUGGCGGCGGCGCGUCCGACAACUCGGACACCGCCUCCGACGGCCACCGCGGCGCGCACCUGCUGCACGGCCUGCAGUACGCGCACGCCAUGAAGUUCGAGGCCGGCGAGAGCAGCGGCGGCGGCGGCGGAGACGGCGCCACCACCAACUGGAUGGCCGCCGCCGCCGCCGCGGCGCGCCCGGUCGCCGGCAUCCCGACCACCGUGCACCACCAGCUCCCGGUGUUCGCGCUGUGGAACGACUGAUUUUUAAUUCCAUUCCCGCGAUCUCUGCUAGUACAAUAUUUUUUUUCUACUGUGCCGCACGCGCGUCGUCGUCGCACGUAGUAGUACGUGGUUAGCGCCAUACUGCCAUGCGUGGUACUAGUGCUUUUGUGCACUAGCGGCGGGAGACUGCUACGCAUGUGACGACCGGACCCGGGGGCGCGUGCGGUGCGCGCAUAUAUAUUGAUGUGAGCCCAAAGCUGUGCAGGGCGUGAUGCAUGCGUGUCUCACGGUUGGCAUCUUCUCCCCCCGAAGGUGGCGACAAUUUUGCCGCAUUUUGUAACGGUUUUAACAUGCAUGCUCUAUAUAUGCGCUAGCUCCACCGGAAGCAUACGAUUUCUCCGGAUUUUUACUGUA